CAUUUUUUAGAAUGGAUGCAAUAACGGAAUCACCUGGGCAGUACUGGCCUGUAUCGCGCAAAUAUGAUACGCUGGAUGGGAGAUAUAAGUUUUUCGAGGCGGCGCAUGCUUGUCGGAUGCAAACAAAUUAUCCGAUAAUACGACUUGGUCGUGCCUCUUACACAUCUGUUAGACGUCUUUCUAAGAUUUCAUUCGGAACCGAAAUGUAUUUCUACGAAUAUACUGUCAAUUCAAACGUCAAGAAGGGAUUAUCUAUUAGUAUCAACGAUUUUUCGGAUGAUAUAUUGUUGACAAUAUUUGGUUAUUGUCAUCCGAUUGAUCUAACUCAUGGUUUCUCCUUGGUUUGUCGCCGUUGGAAUUAUUUGGCAAAUCAUCCCUCUUUGUUCACCGAAGUCCGGGUGUUAGUCAACGAUAUUUCGUUGAAAUAUAACAGUGUUAAAACAUUCUUCCACAGAACUUCGCGGUAUCUUCGAAAACUGUGCAUUUAUUGUUCGGUGCCCUUACCAUCUGCCCAAGUUAACGCAUUAUUCGACAUUUGUUUUCCUAACGUUGUCCAUCUCGAUAUUGGCUCCUUUAGGGAAAUGAAUACUACGCUGUUGAAAAAAUUAUCAGAUUGCUUCCCCAAUGUUGAAACAUUGCAUAUGGAUGAAGUGCAGCGAUGCUCGGCCUAUGCCGAAUGUGGAGAAGAAUGGAAUGAAGUGCUGGAAAUGUUGUUUGGAGAUGAGAGUAUUUUCCCGAAAAUGCAUAAUUUCUUCAUAGGUGAUAUAAGUCAGUACUGCAUGAGAACUGUUGCAAAGUUAUGGGCUUGCAAACGUCCAUUAAAUUUAUUACAUGUUCAUAGUGGGGCAGUCAAACUGAAUUUAAUCGGAAUCAGUUCUUCUCCGUGGAAGUCAACACUUACCGAACUUCAUCUCGGAUAUUACAUUGGAAGCGAAGACUUUAAAUAUAUUGCCGAAUUGCGUAAUUUAAAAGUAUUCUCAUUAACCGUCUGUCUCCAUAUCUCUGAUCAAGCCAUCGCUCCUUUAAAGAAUUUGUACAAUUUGGAAGAACUACGGAUGAACUAUGGCGGUCGAGAUUGUAGUCUAUCCAGCAGUGGGAUGAUUACCUUAUUCACUUUACCAUACAAAGAACCCGAAAAAUCAUUCCCGUAUAAGCUUAAGCAUUUAGAAAUUGCGGAGUUUCAUGCGUGCAGAACCGUUCUUUUAGAAGUUAUUGAUCGGAAUUGCCCAGAGCUGAGAACACUUGGUCUGCCAUACAAUAAAUAUAUGGACGAUGAUGCUGUGCCGUUUAUUAUUAGUCAUUUCAAGCAUUUAGUUUUUUUGAAUCUAAGCAAACUUGGGAAUCGCUAUAAAGAUGAAGUCUGGAGUAAUCUUGAUGAUGAUGAUUUGCCUAAUUUACGCUUUCUCAAACUUCAUGGAAAUCAGGUUAAUACUGAAAUCUUGCAACGCCUGAAUUUGAAACGACCUAAACUAUUAAUUUCAACCAAAUGGAACCAUUUAAUUAAUUGGACUGAAACAGAAAAUGGUCAGAUUUUCCACGAUACUUUUGAUGGUGAUCUCAGAGCCGUAGAGAACGAUUUGCGCCAAAUCGAUGGAUUUUGUGAUCUCACAAUGACUGCACUACCAUUCAUUUGUGAAUAUUGUAAUGGAUAUGCGGCGCGCUCAUCAUCGUUUGAUGGUUAUCCUUUUGCCCCUGAAGAUUGGUAAUUCUGUGUAAUUACGCGAAAUGUACUACAUGAAAACUUUAACACGCUUGCGGAUUAGCUUCUUGACAGUUAGUUGUUGGCUACUAUAACCUAAGCAACCAAACGAUCUUUUCCUAUGUGACAGGACAAAUCAAUGUAAUCCGCAGUUGUUUUCUUUAUUGAUCUCUUUUUUUCGCGGUGCUUUAUGCAUUUUUCCAUUGCUCGCGAUUCGAGAUCUUGUCUAUGUUCAUGUUCAUUUUCUGGUUGAAAAUAUCAUUUAAUGUGAAGUGUUCAGAAUUAGCAAACUGUAAUAUAGUAAGCCUGCAAGGGAUGCUUUUUUGUAUAUUACUUUAAUUAAGAAAGUAUUCCGAUAU